AGAAAAUGAUAUUUCAAAGAAAAUUACUAAUAUUGAAGAUUCGAUGAACGUUGACCUUUGUUUCGUUCUGGACUGCACUGGUUCUAUGACGGGUUAUAUUGCUGCUGCAAAAGAUCAUAUAUUAAAAGUGGCUGCUUCUGUAAACCAAUCUAAUUCAAAUAUUAAAUUCUGGGUUGGUUUUUGUGGUUAUCGUGAUUAUUCUGAUGAUAUUAAUGAACGACUACAAAUAUUUGAUUUUACUAAUUCUUAUGAGAAAUUUAAAACUUAUAUAACUACUAAAGUAACUGCUUAUGGUGGUGAUGAUAUUCCUGAGGAUGUUUUAGGUGGCCUCAAUGCUGCUAUAACUAGAAUGACCUGGAGUAAUACCACUCGUAUUCUUAUUCAUAUCGGUGAUUCUCCACCACAUGGUCGUAAUUAUACUAGAGAUUACGAUUACUAUACAAGAGGUGAUCCAAAAGGUUUAACUGCAAAAAGAGUUCUAAAUAGAAUGCACUCAAAUAAAAUUUUAUAUCAUUUUGGAAAGAUUAAUAAUUCUACUGAUACUAUGCUUAAUAUUUUCCGUGAAAUAAUUGGAGAUUUUCCUGUAUUCGAUCUCAAGAAAACAGGUGGUGACCCUUCUAGGUUAAUCAACAAAUUUUGUAAAGCUACUUGUUCUGCCAUUUUUUCUUCUGUUACAUUAACUACUACUUUAAAAAAUACAAAAUCUAUAUACUCUUUACAAAGAAAAAAACUUCAAAUUAAUCCAUGUGAACCUGAUUGGUCAACUCUUCCAAUGAAAUCUGGUGAACUUUUAUGUUAUCUUUUACCUGACUCACUGGAUGAAAUCAAGGAUGAAUUUUAUUUUUUUAAUUCAACUUUUACCGUUCAAGAAAUAUCUUUUAAACUUGCACCACAGCCAUUUUCUGUUGGUGCUGAACGGUAUGCUUAUUUUGCUCUUGAUACCGAACUUGGGCAGAAUGAAAAAUUGGUUGUGAAAAAGUAUCAUGAUGUUAAAACUGGUUCUAUAGAACGGUACUUGGAAUCUGUAGAAGUCUCUAAAAAGUAUUUCUCUGAUGCUGAAUUUAAAAGAUUUAACGUAAAUAGUGGAAUAAUUACUGAAUUUCAUUCUAUCCUCGAAGCAUUUGCUCAUUUCACCUAUCAAUAUACUGAUGGAUAUUUAGUAGUUUAUGAUUUACAAGGAGUUGAUCUCGAAAAUGAAUUUUUAUUAACUGAUCCCGCAAUUCAUUGUACUGAUAUAUUAAGGUUUGGAAUAACAAAUCUUGGAAUUAAAGGAAUUCAAAUAUGUUUUUUGGCAAAUCAUAAAUGCAACGAUAUUUGUGAAAAGUUAAUGUUAAAUAAAAAAG